AUGGCGGAGGCACGUCGAUCGGGCUUCAAAGGCAAGGGCCUUUUCAAACAGGAUGAACUCAGACGACGCAGGCGGGAACAGCAGGUCGAGAUCCGCAAGCAGAAACGCGAAGAAAGCGUGGCGAAGAGACGCAACCUCCAGGCUCCCUCUUCCCUCGCUGGCUCAGAUGAUGCCGACAGCGAUGACGAGACGGGCACGAGCGCAGCAGAAACCCAGCAACUACCUCAGAUGAUGGCCGGUGUCUUUUCAGACUCUGUCGACGCGCAGCUCGAUGCCACCACAAAGUUUAGAAAGCUUCUCUCCAAGGAGCGCAACCCACCCAUCGAAUCCGUCAUCGAAUGUGGCGUCGUCUCGCGUUUCGUCGAAUUCCUCAGGAGUCCUCACUCGAUGAUCCAGUUCGAGGCAGCCUGGGCGCUCACCAACAUUGCUUCCGGUACCUCCGAUCACACUCAGGUCGUCAUCGCCGCCGGCGCAGUACCAAUCUUUAUCGAAUUGCUCUCUUCUCCCGUGGCCGAUGUCAGAGAGCAAGCCGUCUGGGCGCUGGGCAACAUCGCAGGUGACUCGCCAAAAUGCCGUGAUCAUGUGCUCGAGCAAGGCGCGCUCCGACCUCUUCUCAGUCUGCUUAGCGAGCACCACAAGCUUAGCAUGCUCCGCAAUGCCACCUGGACGCUUUCAAACUUUUGCCGUGGCAAGAAUCCUCAGCCCAACUGGGACUUGAUCUCGCCUGCUUUGUCGGUCCUGACAAAGCUCAUCUACUCCAUGGAUGACGAGGUCCUCAUCGACGCCUGCUGGGCUAUCAGCUAUCUCUCCGAUGGCUCUAACGAGAAGAUUCAGACUGUCAUCGAAUCAGGUGUCGUCCGCAGACUUAUUGAUCUGCUCAUGCAUGCGUCCACAGCGGUUCAGACACCUGCCCUUCGUUCGGUCGGCAAUAUUGUAACAGGCGACGAUGUGCAGACACAGAUCGUCAUUGCCUCUGGCGCCCUGCCCGCCCUUCUCGCUUUGCUCUCCUCGCCAAAAGAUGGCAUCCGCAAGGAAGCCUGCUGGACAAUCUCAAACAUCACUGCCGGCUCGACUCAUCAGAUUGCUGCGGUCAUUGAUGCCAACAUCGUGCCGCCACUGAUCAACAUUCUCUCAAACGCAGACUACAAGACCAAGAAGGAAGCUUGCUGGGCAAUCUCAAAUGCGACCAGUGGCGGGUUGGCAGAGCCGAGUCAGAUCAGAUAUCUUGUCUCCCAGGGCUGCAUUAAGCCCUUGUGUGAGUUGCUCAAGCUGCUCGACAACAAGAUUAUCCAAGUCGCGCUCGACGGCAUAGAGAACAUUCUCAAGGUCGGAGAGGCGGAGAAAGACGCCAACGGUGGCAGCAAUCUCUACGCCCAUUUUGUCGAGCAAGCCGGUGGCAUGUUCACCAUACAUGCGCUGCAGCGACACGACAACAUGGAAAUCUACAAAAAAUGCUUCUUCAUCCUGGACAAGUAUUUCCCAGACGAUGAUGUCGAAGAGGAAGAAGCGCAACUCAACGCUACGGGUGGCUUCCAAUUCGACGAUACGGUCGCUGCUCCUUCUGGUGGAUUCUCAUUUGGCGAGCAGCCAGCAGAGGACUCAAUGGCGGCGUAG